GAAGGACCGUGGGCUCUGGAGACGAGAAUGGUACGGUUGGUCAUGUUCGUGGAAAUCUCUCCGAGUUGAGUGGAAAUUCCUACAUGAUGUCGUUAGAUUUAUCAUCAGUAGCGAUCAUGGAGACCAGCAAGGAUCAAUUUUGCGCGGAAACGAUGAAGCGCCUCGAUUUUCAGAGAAAGAACGAACGGUUCUGUGAUGUGAUUCUGGAAGUUGGCUCAGGCGACGAUCAAGCUCGUUUGAAAGCUCACAGAGUCGUGUUAUGUGCAGUAAGUCCGUUCUUUAACAACGCUCUUAACAGUGACAUGAAAGAAAGGAAAGAAGGAGUGAUCCGACUGGAAGAGACGAGCAAAGAUGUGAUGGAAGAAGUGUUAGAAUAUCUGUACACAGGACAUGUUGAAAUCCACGAGGACAAUGCCUUUGAUUUGCUUGAAAUAGCUGACUUUUUGGUUGUUCCAAGUCUUAAAAAGCUAACGUGUGACUUUGUCUCACGAAACUUGUCCCUUUCAAACUGCAUCGAUGCCUAUUACACUGCCGUGAAGUAUCAAAGUCCUGAGCUGGAAGAAGAAGCAAAGAAUUUUAUUUUCGAAAAUUUCAUGGAUGUCACAGAAUCUGCCGAUUUUCAGAAUUUGAGUGUGGCAGAAGUCGAGGAGUGGAUAUCAAGUGAUUACAUCACGGUAAAUGGGGAACACGACGUUUUCCAAGUGAUUGUGAAGUGGCUGGAGGGUGAUGAGAGCAGAAAACAGGAGAGCUUUUUCCUGUUGUUUCGUCACGUUCGUCUUCUUUACAUGUCACGCAAUGAUAUUUUUAACCUCAUUCUUCCGCAUCCUUUUGUGAAAGACAAUACUGCUUGUACAGGACUUGCACUAGAUGUCUUGAAAGAACUCUCGUAUGGCACAGAAGAAUGCUUUUUUGCACAGCCGCCAAGAAGGUGCCUGAGCGAACACGAAGAUGUCAUUGUUGCCUGUGGACAAAAGGAAACACUGUGUUACCUUCCAUCAGAGAACAAGUGGUACAAGCUGGCAGAUAUGAUGAAACUGCUGCCCCCACCACACAGAAAUCAAUUUGUUCAGUCCUCCAUGAGUGCUUGUCAUGGUAAACUUUACAUAACUGGUUUUGAAGAUGACUAUGAUAAUCUUGUAACCCAGAGAUAUGACCCUUUGGUAAAUUCCUGGACACCUCUUGCGCCUUUCACUGAUGAAAUUCCUUCUAAUUUUCCAGUUGUUGUUAAUUUUCAAGGAUUUUUGUAUACAUUUGGAGGAUGGCUUGUCCGCAAAUUCAAUCCUGACACAAACUUGUGGCAUGAUGUACCAUCCUUGAACAUUGCAAGAAGUGGUAUGUGUGCUGUGGCUGACCAAAACUCUUUGUACACAAUAGGAGGUUAUGCAAAAGAUGCAAUCUCUGAUGUCGUAGAAGUAUUUGACCCGGCAAGAAACUCUUGGAGCAGAAUUGCCUCAACUCCUUCCAAAAGAAUGUUUGCUUGUGGUGCAGUUGUCAAGAGUAGAGUGUUCGUAUUUGGAGGCUUCGGCAGUGAAGCAUCAGAUUCCAAACUCGUAGAGGUGUAUGACCCUGCCACAAACACAUGGAGUAGCAUUCCCUGGAUGAGUGCACCAAAAUACAUUUAUAACUGUGUGAGCUUUAAAGGAAAGAUCUUUGUGCUGGGCAUGAAACAAGGCAUAUCCCAGACAUCUUCUUUAAAGGUGUAUGAUGUCGAUAGAAAUGACUGGGGAUCAUGUUCAAGUGUUCCAAAUGGUAUUCAGGUGUUCACAAUUGCUCCCCUAAGAAUACCAUGCAAAUUUUUGGAGGCAUCACACCAGUAGGUUAUUAAACAGGACAACAAAAUUUGUUCUACUGUUCUGGAGUAUUUGAGGACAUUCGCACAAAAAUGUUGGGGUCAUGGACUUUCUUUCAGAGAUAAAGCAUGUGGAAAACUAGUCUGAUUUUGAAAAAUAGGCAAACGUUAAUCAGCAUGGUCUCCAGGGUUUUUAGCUUAAAAUAUCAAAGAUGAAUCAACGGAGACAAACUAUCCUAGUAAUAUUCUGCAUUUAGUGAAUCUGUUACGUUUGAUAAUUCCAAGUGUUGCCAAUGUUUUCACAAAACUUAACCCUUCAAGAGGCAUUUGAAACCACCAGACAGAUAAACCAA